AAACCCUAACCCUCGACCCUCCCUUCUCCACCCUUCCGGUGAUUUCGUCAAAUCAAUGGCCAAAGGCACCUAUUCCAACUAGUUCGUCUUGCUCUCUAGGGUUCACUGCAGCCUCAAGCAUGAGUUCUCCUUCGCCAUGAAGGCCCAGUCCGAGAUCUGCGCCGCCUUCUUGGGCCGGACGCGAGCCACCAAGAACCGUCCCGACCAGCCGCUCCAGCCCGCCUCGGCCGGCAAGCGCUCCAGGAAGGUCGAGGAACCCAAACCCCCCGAGGACUUGGUUUUCCAGCAACAAAGUGUCGCCGCCGGUGGUGUGGAUGGUGGUGGAGAUGAACGGCAACAAAGUCCCGUUCACGGCAUCUCCCUCAAGCUCCAGGAGGAGGAGCGCGAGCACCGCAUGGACUUUGUUCCGAGGUUUCUGCGAUCAACACGGACCACAUCGAGGUCGACAAGGAGUUAAGUUUUAACUUAAGAAGAAGUUAAUGAU